AACAGCACGAGCACGAGCACGAGCACGGGGGUGCUCCUAGAUAUAACCAGGCCACGGGAGAGAAACGGCAACUGUAUGUAAAAUGACCAAAAAAGAAAAGAAGAAACCAGUCUUUGUGAAGACAUCUCUGAACACUCCCUAUCGUCUCCAGUGGAGUUGUCUGGACCAGGCGGAUAUGCAUUUCAUCCUCAGCGUUCUGAAGGAGAAGCUGUCAGAGCUCGGUCUCCACAAGCGGGAGGUUAAGGGGAGUCGCCGGUGGUUCAGCAAGAAAAAGGAAGCGUGCACCAAGGGUUCAGAAGAAGAGUCUGCUGGCAAGGUGGAGGCCACUUCCAAGGCUCUGCCUGAGGACAAGGUGGAGCGAGGAUGGACCAACGUAGGGUUCAGGAAGCAGCUGGCCAUCGGGAUCAAUGAGGUCACACGAGGCCUGGAGAAGAAUGAUCUGUGUCUGGUGCUGGUGUGUAAGUCCAUCCGGCCCGCUCACAUGAGCGCCCACCUGAUCCUGCUGAGUAGGACCCGGGCGGUGCCGGCCUGCCAGGUGCCGCGGCUUAGUGAGAGCCUGGCCGGCCCCCUUGGCCUGAAGCACGUCCUGGCUCUGGGUGUCAGAAGGAGCGCCGAGGCCUUUUCCCAGGCUGUCGCUGCCAUCGUGCCCAGAGUGCCCCCCCUACACAUGGCCUGGCUUCCGGUACAAACCGCAGUACGAUGCGCUGAGGCAGAAGCUACGGACGAUGGCGAUCAGGCAAGGGGCCAGAAAAGGAAACUAGAAGCAGCAUCUUUGGGGAGGGAGCAGACUGAGCAGGUCCCAAAGUGCACUUUGGAGCACCUCAGAGUGAAGAGGAUCGUUCCUAAUCCCACAAAGGUCCGCAAACUGAAGAACGUGAAGCGACGAGCCCUUUCCAAGUGAUUUACUUCAAAAUACUCAAUUUUUAAUUUCACGCUACCUGUUAAUGCUCAGUCACAGGACUGAUGUUCUUCAUGGCUGGAGAUGGUUAGUCUUUAUAAGACUGAGAAUAAACAGAGACAGGAAGUCGGAACAGGUCUGUUACAGACAGAGUUUAUUCUGUCAGACAUCCAUGCUGGUAACAUGUACGUGUACUAAAAUGAAGUCUGGAUGAUGCCGUUUGACGAGUCUCCCUGUGCACCACUUUUUAUUUUGACAACCUGCCCGGAAUUCAAUAAAAAAUAUACUGUGUU